CAUCACCCGAAAGUCGUUGAACAGCAAUGGCAGACAAAAAAGUGCCGUACGAUUUUCUCGAAGAAACGAUCACUUACGCCUGUUAAGUCGGAUAUACAACAGCAUCUGUAUUCACAAAUAUCCAUUGUACGUGCAGCUCAAUCCAUCAUGGCAGACGGCGUAGUGCUGCCUCACAUGAUGCAGGCCCAGUUCCAAAACGGGACCCCAGCAGUCCUAGGGGCGCCAGAGGUCAUUGAGGAUGUCACAAUGCCUGAGGAUGAGCCUCUGAACAUCAGUAUCAGCAUCAGCAAUGUUGUGUGUACCUUCAGCACCAAGUGCCACCUGAACCUGAAGAAGAUUGCCAUGGAGGGGAGCAAUGUAGAAUAUCACAGGCAACAUGGGAUGCUUAAUAUGAGAAUUCGACGUCCAUACACCACAGCCAGUGUUUGGUCCUCAGGGAAAAUCACAUGCACUGGAGCUUUAACGGAAGAAGAUGCCAAGAUAGCAGCCAGAAGGUUUGCAAGAAAGAUUCAAAAGCUCGGAUACAAAGUGAAAUUCAGCAACUUCCGUAUAGUGAACGUUUUGGGCACAUGUGCGUUACCGUUCUGCCUCAACAUCACAAACUUUUCUCGGGAGCACAAAGAAGCAAGCUAUGAGCCUGAGCUGCAUCCCGGAGUGACAUACAGGAUUAAAGAUCCCAAAGCAACGCUGAAAAUAUUCUCCACUGGUAGCAUAACAGUGACAGCUCCACGAGUGGCCAACAUCCAAUCAGCCAUUGAGUUUAUAUUCCCGUUGGUGGAGAGAUUUAAUGCUGGCCCUAGAGCUGAGAGUACCGUCAGUGUGAAUCCAGAAAAGUUGAAGAAUAAAAAUCGCAGAAUAGCAAACAGAGUGCACAAACCCGAACUUGAGGUGGAAGACUACGAAUCGGAUUCUGAUUUUGAGGACAGCGAAGAUUUUGAUAGUGACGAAAGCCAAGACUGAUGUUUGGAUUACUAUGAAUUUGAAUUUGUCCAGUUUUGGUGUCUAGCAUUGUGAUAUGAUGCAUUUCAUGUGUUCAUUGGUUGUCCACUUCUCACUGCAGUGGUGGAGAUGACAGAGCUCUGUCAUUGCUGACAGUGUAAACAGUAUUGACACUCAAGGAUGCUACUGUUGACUAGUUUUGGGCAUCUGGUUCUAGAUAAUGCAAUUCUUUCUUGGAUCUGAUUUCCUUUCAUGUUUGUUUAUCAUUGACAAUAAUUACUUUGUAUAAAAUCACAAAUUCAAAAACGAUUUCAGAUUGUUAUAUCUGUGAUAAUUUCGUUUUUUUCUAUGAGUGGAUGGUGUGCACUGUUGAUGGUCUGGGUUUAAACGCUCGUAAAAUAAUAUAACUAAUGUAGAUAGUGUAUCUGACAGUCAUACAAGUGCUGUUUUGUUAUCUGGCCGUUGACAGUGAAACUUUAGACAAGCUGUGUUAGAAUUUAUUGUAAAAAUACGGGCAUUGACAAUGUUUCACAUUUGAUUGAUGUAAAAAAAUAUACUUUUGCAAUUGUUAUCCAUCAUUGAAUAAGUUAUGUAAUAAAUAAAACUGUGGGCAGAGCAUCUGCUGUUGGAUUGCGAGUACAUGUAUAUGCAUUGUGUGUAUCGGCAAGUGUUCAUAUGAAUUACUGGUAUUUUUUUUAAGCAUGACAAACUGAGUUUGAAUCAAGAUUUCAUUUUGAUCGUCAGUAAGUGUAAGAUAGGAUAGUUACUUUAAAUUUUGUCUUUAUGUACUUGUGUGUAUGUUAUAUAAUCACAUUUAAUAUGGUGCCAUAGUUCAGCUUAAUAAGUUUUUGUGCUUGUAUUCAAAGUUUUGUCCUUUAAAAGUAUUGUGGAUUUCUGAACUUUCUUUAGGGCUAAUGCUGGCAUUUUAUUAUUCUAGUCCAUAAGUUAUGUUUUAAACAACUCAAUACUAGUGCUUUAGAAUUAAGUAUUUGACAAUUGAAAAUCAAUUAUCUUAAAGAGAGUUGAUGCGUUAGUUAAAUCAAAUUUUGGAUUGCCAUGGCAAUUACUAUGACUUACUUUGCUGUCAGUAUCACAAGUGCUUUGCACAGAUUUAUAUUUAACAUGCCAUUUCGCAAGAAGUCCAUGUUUAAAUCAUGUCCUCUAAUUAAACUUACAGGUAUACAUAUUCAUGUAAGGGUGGCAUUUGAAUGAACAUUUAUUUUAUGCAUGUUACAUUUAAUCAAUUAAUGUCACUUGUACAACAGGCUAGGUGCUGCUGUGUCCUGGAAUUUUGUGUAUCUCAUUGAAAAUCUGAGUAUUUGAGUGGUGUUCUGAGAAAACUGGGCAUAAUGCACGUGCGUAAAGUGUCGUCCCAGAUUAGCCUGUGCAGUCUGCACAGGCUAAUCAGGGACGACACUUUACGCUUCUAUGACAUUUUUCGUUCAGAUGAAGUCUCUUUUUAGCAAAAAUCCAAUUUAGACGGAAAGUGUCGUACCUGAUUAGCCUGUGCGGAAUGCACAGGCUAAUCUGGGACGACACUUUACACACAUGCAUUAUGCCCAGUUAUCUCAGAACACAACUCAUUUGUUGUUUCAUGAAUGGCAUGAUCGUUGUGUUGUGUGAUGUUAGGUCUAUAAUAUGUUGCAUAACAUAAUACUGUUUGAAUACUGAGGAAUCACUCAUGUUUUGUAGAGUUGUACUUACAGCUUUUUGGGCUCUGGCCUGUGCACACAUUUAUGACAAUCUUAAUUAUUUACUAAUAGCCAGUUUCUAUUUUGAUGGAAAGUGUUGGAGUUUUCAUUGCAAUAUUAAAUUUUUUUAUUGCAAAGAUCAUAUAGAUAUUUUUUAUGUAAAAGUUAAAUGAGGCAUGAGCUUACAUGUAAGUAAAUUCAUUAAUACAUUGUUUCGGAAAUUUUCAAUUAAGUAAGGUAUCAUCACACUGGAUGUGGAUGGUAAAUUUAAGAGUCAAUAAACAAAAAGGUGUCAGUUUGACCUAGUGUGACCCACGGUAUCUGUGGUCUACAUCUAAUUAUGUGACCCCUAUUUUUCAUAAGUGGAGACAUGGACCCUUGCCAAAUAAAUGCCCAAUCCCUAUGAUACAAAUGUGUUUUUUGCAAUAAACAAAGUGUCAUUCCAUAAAUGGUUAAUGGAUGAUUGCGCUAACGUUGGGUGUUUCUGUUGGAUAAAAACAACUAUUUCCAAAUUUGUGCACUGCAAAUUUAAGUGAUUCCGCUGUACGGUAUUUGUAUAAUACUAUAAAUAUGAAAGUACUGUUUGUAUUGCAGGAUUGCAGGAUUUAUAUUUUUGUUUACUGAUCACAUUACUAUUGUUUUUGAAUACUUUGGAAAGAUGUACAAAUAAAUAUGUUACUUGUAAACUUACAGUUACAGGUUUCAGAUUACAGAUAAA